AAAAUUAUGAAGUGAAGCCAAUAAACCAAUUUGGAAAUGGAAUGUCUAUCCUCCGACGCAGGCAUCGACAGAUUGAAAAUAUUUAUUUGUUUAUAAUCUAUUUUUCCACAAUAAAUAUCAACAACUAAUCCUCACACCAUGACGGAAAAGAUCACCCUUGCGGAUGCUCUAUCCAACGUGGAAGUUCUGGAUGAACUGUCGCUGCCCGACGAACAGCCAUGCAUUGAAGCCCAACCGUGUUCGAUUAUUUACAAAGCAAAUUUUGAUACUAACUUUGAAGAUAGAAAUGGAUUUGUCACUGGAGUAGCUAAAUAUAUUGAGGAGGCUACAACUCACGCUAAUUUGAAUGUCCUCCUGGACGAAGGUCAGAAACAUGCUGUCAUGUUGUACACUUGGAGAUGUUGUUCGCGGGCAAUUCCACAGCCCAAGUCCAAUGAACAACCCAAUCGAGUCGAGAUCUAUGAGAAGACAGUGGAAGUUCUUGCCCCAGAAGUCAAUAAGCUGUUGAAUUUUAUGUAUUUUCAACGCAAAGCUAUUGAUGCCUUCUCUGGCGAAGUAAAACGCCUCUGUCAUGCUGAGAAACGUAAAGACUUCGUCUCCGAAGCUUACCUUCUGACGCUGGGAAAAUUCAUCAACAUGUUUGCCGUUCUAGACGAGCUGAAGAACAUGAAGUCGAGUGUUAAAAACGAUUACAGUACAUAUCGGCGAGCGGCUCAAUUUCUAAAAGUCAUGUCCGAUUCUCACACACUCCAGGAAUCCCAGAAUCUUUCAAUGUUCUUGGCAACACAAAACAAGAUUCGAGACACUGUCAAAGACACUCUCGAGAAAAUUCCCGGAUACGAAGAUCUACUCUCGGAUGUGGUCAACAUCUGUGUCCAUAUGUUCGAGACAAAAAUGUAUCUGACUCCCGAGGAGAAACACAUGUUGGUCAAAGUCAUGGGUUUUGGUUUGUUUCUGAUGGAUUCAGAUGGCUGCAAUAUUAAUAAAUUGGAUCAGAAGAAGAAGAUCCGUUUGGACAGAAUUGAUCGCAUAUUCAAGAAUCUGGAGGUGGUUCCACUGUUCGGGGACAUGCAAAUAGCUCCUUUCAAUUACAUCAAACGAAGCAAGCACUUCGAUGCCAGCAAGUGGCCUCUAUCCAGCUCGACAGCAACCAGUCCACAGGCGGAUUUGAUGGUUCAUUUGCCACAAAUUCGAGAAGAUCAUGUCAAGUAUAUUUCCGAGCUAGCUCGCUACACCAAUGAAGUGACAACAACAGUGAAGGAGAAUCCGUCGGAUGCUGAGAAUCGCUGCACAUCGGAUUUGGCUUUGCGGGGACUGCAGCUACUCUCGGAAUGGACAAGUGUGGUCACAGAAUUGUACUCAUGGAAGUUGCUCCAUCCAACCGAUCAUCAUCAGAACAAGGAGUGCCCCGUCGAGGCUGAAGAGUACGAGCGGGCUACUCGCUACAAUUACACGUCUGAGGAGAAGUUCGCUCUGAUUGAGGUGAUUGCCAUGAUCAAAGGCCUCCAAGUGCUGAUGGCUCGAAUCGAAACGGUUUUGUGUGAAGCUAUACGUCGGAAUAUCUACUCGGAGCUGCAAGACUUUGUGCAGCUGACACUGCGAGAACCGCUUAGGAAGGCUGUCAAGAAUAAGAAGGACUUGAUCAGGAGUAUUAUUAUGUCGGUGCGAGAGACCUCCUCCGAUUGGCAAAAGGGUUACGAACCCUCCGAUGAUCCAGCUUCGAAGGGAAAGAAGGAUCCCGAUGGAGGUUUUCGCAUCCAUGUGCCACGUUUGAACGUCGGCCCAUCCUCAACCCAACUCUACAUGGUUCGAACAAUGUUGGAGUCCCUGAUUGCCGAUAAGAGCGGUGGCAAGCGGACACUGCGCAAGGACAUUGAUGGCAAUUGUUUGAUGCAAAUCGAUUCGUUCCACAAGACCUCGUUCUACUGGAGUUAUCUGCUCAAUUUCAGCGACACCCUGCAAAAGUGUUGCGACUUAUCACAGCUUUGGUAUCGAGAGUUCUAUUUGGAAAUGACUAUGGGAAGGAAGGUGAACAAAUGUCUGGUUCGUCAUCAACACAACGAGGAAUGCAAAGAUUUGAUUACAAUGGAGAAGCGCAUUCAGUUUCCCAUUGAAAUGUCGAUGCCUUGGAUUUUAACAGAUCAUAUUCUGCAAACAAAGGAGCCAUCUAUGAUGGAAUUUGUUUUAUAUCCUUUGGAUUUGUACAACGAUUCAGCCCACUAUGCGCUGACAGUCUUCCGUAAACAGUUUUUGUACGAUGAAGUCGAAGCUGAAGUAAAUUUGUGCUUUGAUCAAUUCGUCUACAAACUUAGUGAACAAAUAUUUGCUCAUUAUAAACAAUUAGCUGGAAGUAUGUUUUUGGAUAAGCGAUUCCGGUUGGAAUGUGAAGUUCUUGGAUUUAAUUUCCAAUCCUAUCCAAGGAAUAAUCGAUAUGAGACUUUACUUAAACAAAGACAUGUCCAGUUACUUGGACGCUCAAUUGAUUUGAAUAAACUUAUAACACAACGUAUAAAUGCAAAUAUGCAUAAAAGCAUCGAACUGGCUAUUUGUCGCUUUGAAGCCAAUGAUAUUACUGGAAUUGUGGAAUUAGACGGUCUACUUGAAGCCAAUCGGAUAUGCCAUAAACUUUUAAGUAAAUGGUUAGCUAUGGAUAAUUUUGAUGGUAUGGUUAAAGAAGCCAAUCAUAAUGUCCUGGCUCCAUACGGAAGAAUAACGUUGCACGUGUUUGUCGAAUUGAAUUAUGACUUCUUAUCAAAUUAUUGUUACAACGCAGCAACAAACAGAUUUGUUCGCAGCAAAGUCAAUUUAUCUUCCUCCCAAGCUAUUCAGCGUGAGAAACCACCACAAAUGUCUCACUAUUAUUUAUGGGGUUCGAAACAGCUAAAUGCCGCCUAUUCGACACAAUAUGGUCAAUAUGCUGGCUUCGUCGGUGCUCCCCACUUCCAUGGAAUGUGUCGCUUGCUUGGCUAUCAGGGAAUUGCCGUUGUUAUGGACAUCAUACUUAAGGAUAUUGUCAAGCCACUCAUACAAGGAAGUCUACUGCAAUUUACCAAAACCCUAAUGAGCGCAAUGCCAAAGUCUUGUAAACUGCCACGAUGUGAAUAUGGCUCGCCAGGGGUACUGAGCUAUUAUCAGGCCCAUUUAACGGAUAUCGUUCAAUAUCCUGACACAAAAACUGAACUCUUCCAAUCAUUCCGUGAAUUUGGAAAUUGUGUUAUAUUUUGUUUGUUAAUCGAACAAGCUCUGUCACAAGAAGAAGUUUGUGAUUUGUUGCACGCCGCUCUCUUCCAGAAUAUUUUCCCAAGACCAUUUUGCAAAGAAAAUGAAAAACCCGAAGCCAAACAAAAACGAUUAGAAGCUCAAUUUGCGAAUUUGCAAAUUGUUUCUAAUGUUGAAAAACUUGGAUCAGCUAAACAAGCAAUGAUUGCCAGAGAAGGUGACCUUUUGACCAGAGAACGACUUUGUUGUGGUUUGAGUAUUUUUGAAGUCAUCCUUAAUCGCAUCAAGAGUUAUUUGGACGACCCUGUGUGGGUGGGGCCACCACCAGCCAAUGGAAUUAUUCAUGUUGAUGAAUGCUCUGAAUUCCAUCGCCUUUGGUCAGCCUUGCAAUUCGUCUAUUGCAUUCCAGUACGGGGAACCGAAUACACAAUUGAGGAGCUCUUUGGUGAGGGACUGAAUUGGGCUGGAUGCGCUAUGAUUGUUCUGCUUGGACAGCAGAGGCGAUUCGAGGCAUUAGACUUUUGCUAUCAUAUUCUAAGGAUACAGCGGGUAGAUGGCAAAGACCAAGAUGUCAAUGGAAUUAAAUUAAAACGAAUGGUUGACCGAAUUCGUCGGUUCCAAGUUCUCAACUCGCAGGUUUUUGCUGUUCUAAAUAAGUAUCUUAAAAGUGGCGAUGGUGAGGGUUCGAAUGUUGAGCAUGUUCGUUGUUUCCCGCCACCGCAGCAUCCAUCGAUGGUAUCGUCACACUAUCAAGAUCCAAACAAACUCCGCCAGAGUCUGAAUAAUUAAUUUUUCUAAACAAAUGUAUGUAUAUCAAACUUGGUCUUCUUCGUCUUCUUCAUCUAA